AUGACAGUAAUGUCAACAUCAGAGAACACAACAACUGCUAUCGUUCAUGAAGCCAUAAAUGAAGAAUACGAGUACAUACAAUAUAACAAACAACUUCGCCUCAUUCGUUCGGUCAAAGAUGACAUGUACCAAAUGCAAAGUAUAAUGAAUGCUCUUCGUUCUACAAAGCAACAGACAAAAGAACUUUUAGAAGAAUUUCCUCAUAUGAUUGCUUCCCUCGGAAAACCGAGAGAAGAGAUUCCGUAUGAAAAUCGCAAGAGGGUAGAAAUGAGGGUAGAUAUCAGGUUCUUCAAAAAUAAUUCAUAA